CCGCCCCCUCCCCCAGGCGGCGCGCCAAGCCACGAGCUCCGAUCCCCUCCUCCCCUCCGCCGCGCCCGCCACCGCGCGCCGCGAGACCCGGCAGGCCACUGCCCCGUCCGCGGCUCCGCCAGAAAUUUCCCGGCACUGCACACGGCAGGAGCUCACAGGCCACCGCCUCGUCCGCCGCCAUCGUGCUCGAAAUUUUCCACCACUGCGCACGGCAAGAACUGACAGGUCACCGCCUCAUUCGCCACCAUUGUGCUUGAAAUUUCCCACCACUGUGUGCUGUGAGAAUCAGCAGGUCACCGCCUCAUCCGCUGCCAUCAUACCCGGUGUGUUUCUUGCUUCCGUCCAACCUUUUUCUCUCUUAGGGUGUUUUUGUUUCUUUUGGAUUUCUGGUGCCAUGCCUGUUCUUGCCUGGAUACUUGCGAGGAAGUCCCUCACCUGCUCGGUGAAUGCUGUGACCGAAUUGGGCACAAAUGUUGAAAUUUCCCACCACUGCGUGCUGCAAGAAUCAGCAGGUCACCGCCUCAUCUGCUGCCAUCAUGCCCGAAAUUUUCCACCACUGCGCACGGCAAGAACUGACAGGUCACCGCCUCAUUCGCCACCAUUGUGCUUGAAAUUUCCCACCACUGUGUGCUGUGAGAAUCAGCAGGUCACCGCCUCAUCCGCUGCCAUCAUACCCGUUGUUUGGCUCAAAUUUCCCACCACUGCGUGCUGCAAGAAUCAGCAGGUCACCGCCUCAUCUGCUGCCAUCAUGCCCGGAUUGUGA